UGCGCAUUGUGGGGAUAGACCGGAUAGACGCGGGGUGCAAAAAUGCAUUCAAUCGUGGCUCUGUUACCUUUUAGCAGAACCAUGUGUUUUCUGUAAGUUUGUAACUUAUCGCUGCAUAAGACUGGACAAACACACUCUGCAUUUAGUAAUUCAUCUUUAGAUCACCUAAAAGUUUAUUUACAAAGGAGCAGGCCUUAGCAUCUCUCCGUGUGGAGGCUGACAGCCACUAGCAUGAAGAUUGCAGUUGAAGGCUGUUGCCAUGGUGAGCUGGACAAGAUCUACGAGACCAUUGGCUAUCUGGAGAAGAAGGAAGGGGUGAAGGUGGACCUGCUGCUUUGCUGUGGUGACUUCCAAGCAGUGAGAAAUGAAGGAGACAUGAAGUGCAUGGCGGUACCAGCCAAGUACAGAAUGAUGCAGACAUUUUACAAGUACUAUUCUGGAGAGAAGAAAGCUCCGGUACUGACUAUCUUCAUCGGUGGGAACCACGAGGCUUCCAAUCACCUGCAGGAGCUGCCUUAUGGAGGCUGGGUGGCACCCAACAUUUAUUACCUGGGUUACGCUGGUGUUGUUCGCUACAAAGGUAUAAGAAUUGGUGGUUUAUCUGGAAUCUUCAAAUCCCAAGACUACAGAAAGGGUCACCAUGAAGUACCUCCAUACAACCCCGAUACUCUGCGAAGCGUAUACCACAUCCGAAAUAUCGAGGUGUUCAAACUAAAACAGAUCCAUAUGCCCAUAGACAUUUUCAUGAGCCACGACUGGCCUCGUGGAAUAUACAACUAUGGAAGUAAAGGGGAAUUGUUGCGAAAGAAGAAGUUUCUGCGUCAGGAAGUGGAGACGAACACACUGGGGAGUCCUGCUGCUGCAGAGCUUCUAGCCCACCUCCAGCCAAGCUACUGGUUCUCUGCACAUCUUCACGUCAAAUUCGCAGCCCUUAUGCAGCAUCCGCCUAAAGGUAACGCUGCCCCACGUGUAACCAAAUUCCUGUCUCUGGAUAAAUGUCUGCCUCAUAGGGAGUUCUUACAGAUCGUGGACAUUCCAGAGAGGCCGGGUUCAUCUGAGGGUCUGGAGUAUGAUCCAGAAUGGCUUGCUAUUCUUAAGGCCACCAACAGUUUACAGAGGACCACCCCUCACCCAUGGAACCCUCCAGAGAAUAAUGGGCUGCAUGAACGGUGGGACUUCAGAGCUUCAGAAGAAGCUAUGAUGCAGGUGGUAGAGGAUCUCAGCGGUGAACUUGCCAUUCCAGACAACUUUAGCCGGACUGUACCAGCCUAUGACCCCAACAAGCCCCAAUACCAUGCCACCCCGAGCUAUAACACCAACCCCCAGACGACUGAACUCUGUGCCACUUUUGGUCUCACAGACCUCUAUGCCCGGGCCGGGCACAGAGGUGAUGAAGUUCAGGGCCGUGGCGUAGGGGAUGAGGAAGAUGAUGAUGAUGCAGAUAGCGUAGGAAGCGUGGACGAGCCCAGCGAGUACCCGACAGACACUUCAGGAUUGUCAAGUUCAUUUAAUCCUGAUGAGAUCACAAUAGAGGAUGAGUGGGAGGAAGAGGAGGGUAAGGAAGAGGCUAAGAGCAGGUCUGAUUCGAAGGGAGAUAAGGUCUCCGCUUUACCUGUUGUUGAAAUCCACACUCCGAGCCGUAUGGUCCUGCCCAAACCCAAAUCUGAUGUCUCACCCACUCACCUGCCCUACCUAAUGAACCUCCCACCUCCCUCCCACUCUACCCCAGAAGCUACCCGCCCCCACUCUGAGGCAGAGCGGGAAGGACUCUGUGAGGGCAGUGACGAAGAUGCCACAGCUGCACGUAUCUUAAAACGUACCAGCGAUGAGACCGGGGAUCCUGGCAGUAGGGGCACAGCCCCCAGGAUCAAACGCAGGAACCAGGUCAUUUACACAACAGUGGAGGAUGACCAGUGUGAGGAUUAGGGAUCAGGGUGAGACAAGACAAAAGGUGAGGAAUCACUCCAAGCCGUUUGUCACAGAGUGUACAAUCCUCCAUUAGUUUAAAUCGAUGUGUAAAACUUGGUAUGGAUUUAUGUAUUUACUGCCUGCCUUUUUUUUAUACAGCCACUGACGCACGCUGUACAAAACAGAGGUAUGGCUUUAAUAAAAAAGCAGAUUAUA